CACAAUCAUCACCGCAUCAGGCCUGAAGCAUCGCUAUGUUCCCAUUCAGUUUCAACAGUUCCCUCUCAGGGUCUGACCUGAUACGUCGGAUUACGCUUUGCGUUCUUCACUUUGUCUUCGGAACAAUAUUCUUCGAUGUUAUACACUGGCUUGCCCACCAGUCCAACCGAUCGCGUUUUCGAGUACUACGGCUACUUGCCAAAGCUCACUCAAUUCAUCACCAGUACUUUGAUCGUAACCUCAAUUUCAACGAGCGAUUCCGCUAUCGAAAUAUCAUUUGGCAUCUGUCACUCGAAGUGUCUUGUCAGAUGGUCGGCAGCGCGAUGAGCUGGCUUCUCAGCCUUUUGGUCAUGCGCAAGUUUUCACCUGUGAUACUUCAGGACCUGAUCAUCAUACUCGCCAUCCAAGCCGGCAGAGCAGCCGUCGUGGCAUGGAAUGCUGGGAAUGAUUCAAAUCACGUCCCUUAUCCGCGGCUACCGAAAGACCCCUACACCUUUAUCGUUGGGCCUGAGUACCAUGUCCUUCACCACAUAGAGCCUCUGGCCUACUUUGGGUCGAUGGUGCGCCUGCUAGACUGGCUUCUCGGUACCGGGGUCUCACUGAAGGGUCGGCGCGUAACAAUGACGGGGUCCAGAGGGGCGCUCGGCCAGGCCCUUGCGAAGCAGCUUCACCUUCAGGGUGUUCGAUGCAUUCAUACCCCCAAAUUUGGAGUCGACUGGAAGUAUGAUGACUACUCCCACCUUGAGUCUAUCCUUGCAGACACCGACAUACUCAUCCUCGCCCACGGAUCCAAGGAUGAUGAGAACGCCUACGAGGCAAAUUGCAAGUCCCCUAUCGCCAUCAUAGAGAUAUUCAAGAAAUUUUGCGAACGACGAAAACUUGGAUUACUUCCGGAAGUCUGGUACAUCGGCAGUGAGGCCGAGCUCCACGGAGCUUGGUCCAAAGAUAUGGAGAAUUACACACAGUCAAAACGCGCUUUCGUACCACACGCCCGAAGGCAUUAUGGAGAAGAUUACUACAACUAUCGGCACAUCGUCCCGGCAGCAUUUACCUCGAGAAUGGGACGCGGCUUUAUGUCUGCUGAUUCGGCCGCCAAGGUGGCUCUUUGGUGGAUUCGAACUGGAGCACGAUACGUUCCAGUCACGUACACCGGGUUCGCGUAUUUCAAUUUCUUCAGGUUUAGACUAGGAGGCCUCGCUACUAGUUCGCCAAAGGGCACAACUGGAGGAGCUUCUAAGAUUUUACGCAUUGAUGGGGGACAGGCGAAACUACGGUCUUGAGAUCUUCAUCUGGAAAAUCGUACAUGUAUCUCUCGGAGCUGUUAAACUUCACUUUCGUGUUCACAUCAGUUAUUCAUAGCUUCAGCACAUAUUCCAACAUACGGUUCAUCUUCUA